CUGGGAAUGUAUGUUUUUAUGUAAUAUCUGUAUAUGUAUCUGUAUCUGUAUAUGUAUAUGUAUAUGCACAUGUAUCUUUCUUUGCAUCUUUUUGAGUUUCUGAAUUAGUUCGAAUUGCAUAUUUCGAGUCUAGAGAUCAUCCUUUCCUCUUCGUUGAUUUUACCGGAAGGGUCUUACUUUGCUUCCUUUUCUUAGCCAGAAAUGAAUGUUUUCCAUAUGAUUCCUUUUUAUGUUUUAUAUGGAACCGUUACCAGGGCCUGUUUCACUAUGUUUGCAUUGGAUUUUCUGUAGUACACGAGUUAUAGCUUUGUUGCAGUGUUUACUGUUUGUAUUUGCUUCUUUUGUUUUCGUUCUGUUUUGGUGCAAAUCUUCAUCUUAUUCUUCAGAUUCAGUGUGAAAUUUUCUUGGCAGAAAAUGGUAACGAGGCGAGUGCAUCAUUGUUAGCCACCAUAUAUUUAAUCGAGACAGAAGAUGGAUGAUGCGUUUGGUAGUGGUCAGAAAGAUGACCGGGGGAAAGACAAGCCGCUGCAAAACUUGGACAAUAACAGGGACAUGUCGGGAGAGAAUGGAUCGGAUUAUUCCGAAUUAAAAUUGAAAAAGCUGGCAAGAAGGGUAAUCCCACAGCAUGCUCUGAUAUUAAGUGUUGGUAAUCGAUUAGAGGCUGGAAAAAGUCCUGUGAAGGAUUCAUUUCUUCCGAGUAUUUUUAGUGUAUGCAAUACAGUUCCGAGGCAUGUAGUUACUCUAGAUGAGAAAUACCUUCGUCGUUGCCUGGAAUUGAUUUGUAUCAAUGCAGCAAAAGCCACUCAAUGCAACAUAUCCGUGAGCUUGAGCUCCGUAGAAAUGAGCAUUUUAUCCGAUGGAUUGAAUUCACCUAACAUCGGGGAUGAAGAUGCUUGUGACUUCCAAAGGUUUGUUUUCGACUGUCCACUAGCAGUUGGGACUGGUGGAGUAGUCAUUCGUCCUGUAGGACAGUGGGUCGUAAGUUCAAAAAGGGGCAGCCGGAGUAUGGCGAAUAUAUUGAAGAGCCCGUUGUUACAGAAAUUCGGUGCAUCGGAUGUCAGUCCAAGUUCGAAUGCUUUUAAAAGAUCAGUAAGUUAUGACUUCAUGAAUUCUCCUGGUAGUUUCAGUAACUAUUCCUCACAUAAGCUAGGAAGUGAAACACCCAUAUCCAAAAAUCAUAAAUAUGGAUCCGAGACUGCGCAUAAACAGCGUGUUUCCGAGUCAAGUACAGACUCAACAUGCUCUGACCAGUCAUUUUCUUCUACUUCUACGGCAAUUUCACGGGGAAUGCUUCAAUGCACAUGGAAGGGUGGGAUUCCAUAUUUCGUUUUCUCCUUAGAUAAUCGGAAGGAGGUAUAUGUAGCCAAUUUGUCAAAGGAAGGAUCAGCUCGGGGUAAGGGUCCAGACUUUAUGUACUCCUUUCAUUCAAGCAAGGGUAGCCAUAAGGAACACGGGAUUAGUGAUGAUGAGUCACACCUUGUUGCUAAGAUGAAGGUAAUGACUUCUUUCUCGAUCUGCCCCCAAGGUUCUAAAAUCAUGGAGACGGAGUUCGUUUUGUUUAGUGGUAAUGAAACUUUUAAGCCGGAGGUGCAAACUCCGAGCUAUAACCAUAGGAAGAAUAAAGGUCUACCGAAAAAGGUAGUGGAAGCAUUCAAGAGCAGUCACUCAUCCAAGCCAAGAACAAUGCGGAGAUUAUGGUCUAGUUCCAUAGUUGAGGAUUCUUCUUGGGGUCCAUGCCAGGAUACAGUCAACGGUCCUAAUUCACUCGAUAAAAUGGAUCUCUUAGAGGAAGAAUUUUCACCAAAUCUUGAAUUGGCCUCCAUUGUCGUGAGGAACCAUUUGCCUAAAAAUCCUCUGCCAGAAGUUGGAGGUUGGGGCUUAAAGUUCCUCAAGAAAGCGGAGGUUACUGCAGCAGCCUCGGUUCCUUGCAAUUGUUCUCUAAAUACCGAUGAUUGCUCAACAAGUACAGAUAUCCUAGUCCCGGCAGGCAUUCAUGGUGGUCCAAGAAAUGAUGGCCCUUCUUCUCUUAUCGAAAGAUGGAGAUCCGGUGGACAUUGUGACUGUGGUGGUUGGGACUUGGGCUGUCCGCUGACCGUACUUAGAGCCAGAGCAAGUAAGCAGCGAGGUUUGCCUUCAACAGAUACCUCUGAGGCAUGCAUGUUAUUCGAUUUUUUCGUUCAGGGCUCGAAGCACGGUAGCCCGACAUUGAGGAUAGCAAAUGUUCAUGAUGGCCUGUAUUUUCUUCAUUUCCAAACAACACUCUCAGCCCUGCAGUCAUUCUCCAUUGCAGUGGCAUACAUCCAUGCUCAAAGUCCAAAUUUCCGACAGAAAAAUGUAAAGCUGUCGAGGUAGCAAGAACACCGGUCCGAUGUUUAUGUUAGUAUACACGUAUCGAGAUCGGUAUCUUAAUAUAUAUAGGUUUGUUUAUAAUAGGAUUGGGAAAUAUUUGGUUUUUCUCAUAACAAAAUGAUAUUGUAACUUUAUUAUGCAUUUUGAUUGAGUGAUUUUUAUACUAAAAUGUGGUCAUUGAACUAA